AUGCUCAAGAAACGCACGCAAUUCGAACUCGUUUCUAGUGAAGGUCGGGACUACAAGAAGCUGCGCACCGUCAACAGUCCCGAGGUGGACUCGGCGCUGGCCAAUUGGUUCCUCUACUGCCAAGCAAGACGACUCAAAUUACCAGGAGAUCUCGUACGUCACAAAGCGCGCAUAUUCUAUGAGCUCCUAGCCCCGCAGCUAUUAAAAGUGUCACAUGCUCUCCGCCUCAAUUUUCCAAAUAGCUGGAUGCAUUCAUUCAUGGGAAGGCAUGGAUUCUCUUUAGAAGGAGGCAAAGGCAGCAAAGGAAGAACGCAGCAUGAAGAAGCGGACGGUAAACCAAAAUUGACACCGGAAACGUCGGUGAUCUCCACGCCGGACCAUAUCAAAGCGGCAGUGGCGGAUGUGUCGCCGGAAAAUGUCUACUGGCUGCAUGAGACGCGGCUGUUUUACGCGAUGAGUCCGGACAGGCAAACGUAA